AUGUCAUCGGCGGUAUUUCAUGGCCACUAGUCACGCUUGCUUAUAACACAUCGUCGAGAUCCUCUCAAAUAUUUUUACAAUUUGAACAGCUCAUUGAAAAUACCUCAUCUAGAAAUCAGGCAAAACGUAUAAAACUGUCAAAUGAAUGAAUUAAAAAAUGAGCCUGUGCCAAACGCUCCAGACGGGCAAGCGUUCAAAGAUAAAUAUCCGUUUGCAAAAAACAGGGCAUCAGCGCUUCUGCAACGCCGUUUAAGCAAAAACGUCAAGUUUUUCGAUUCCGGUGAUUACAAUAUGGCAAAAAACGUGCUUCCAUGUGGAAGAGAGGCCGCAGUUGGACAGACAAUUCCCACGCCAGAAAACGUUCCAACACUACGCAACAAAAUAUGCCCUUCUCGCGUUAGCACAGUGACGCAGAAUGCAGUACCUAGUACCCCUGGCAAACCCAUCCCAAUCUCCGUAGCAGCCAAUAAUGUGCCAGUGCAACAAUAAUGACUACUGAAACCGGAGUGUAAUGUUUUCGUGUGUAAAGUGACUGGCAACUACUGGUGAGAUUUCUAAUUCAACUACUGUUCAGGAUCAGCAAAGUUAUAUUUGUUCUUUUAACGUUGUCCAUAGAUUGAAGUAUGUCAGCCACAUCGACCAGCGAUUAUUGUGAUGCCAUUCUUUCUUAUCUCGAUACCCCGUGAUACUAUAUUUUGAAUCUAGAUACUGCACACUGCACAUAAUUGUCAUAUCAUGUAUCAAAACGGUAAAGAAAGAAAUCAAAACAAGAUUUUUUUUAUCUGAAA